UUGUGCGAGGCGCGUCUUUGUGGCGCGGUUUCCGGGCGGCCCUUUUCCUGUGCAUGCGGCGCUGUGUCCCGAGUUGUAGACAGCAAUGGCCCCGCGCGCCUGGCGUCGACGGACCUUGGAGCGGUGUGUGAAGGAGGUUGGUAAAGCCACCGGCCAGCCAGAGUGCUUUCUCACGAUUCAAGAUGAAUUGGCAUCAAACUUCACUUCAUUAACAAAAGUACUUUAUGAUUUUAAUAAAAUAUUAGAGAAUGACAGGAUCCACGGAAGUCCGUUAAAAAAACUGGUGAUAGACAAUUUUGAUGAUGAGCAGAUUUGGCAACAACUAGAAUUGCAAAAUGAACCAAUUUUACAGUACUUCCAGGAUGCAGUUAGUAAAACCAUUAAAGACAAAGACAUCAGUCUUCUUCCAGAGAUUGAAGAGCAGGAGUGUGAAGAGGAUGGCUCAGAGGUGGAGUCUGAUGGCCAGGAGGCCCUCAUACAAGAUCUGGAGGAGGAGGAAGUGGCUGACCUGAGUGUUGAUGAUUCUAAAGUGGAUGAGAGAGCUAAAAACUUGAGCAAAGUUGAUCUGAGGAAAAGUCCAGUUUUCAGUGAUGAGGAUUCUGAUCUUGAUUUUGAUAUCAGCAAAUUGGAGCAACAGAGCAAGGUGCAAGACAAAGUGCCUAGGAAACCAAGAGAGAAGUCCAUAGUAGAUGAUAAAUUUUUCAAACUGUCUGAAAUGGAGACCUUUUUAGAAAACAUGGAAAAGGAAGAAGAACAAAAAGAUGAUGAGGAAGAGGAAGACAUUGAUUUUUUUGAAGACGUUGAUUCUGAUGAAGAUGAGGGAGAACUGCUUAGAAGUCAAAAACCUAAGUCAGGUAAAAGUUCCAGAAACUUGAAAUACAAAGACUUCUUUGAUCCAGUUGAAAGUGAUGAAGAACUAGCAAGUGUUCAUGAUGAUGAACUGGGUUCAGAUGAAGAUGAGGAAGAAAUUGCUGACGAAGAAGGAGAAGGGAGCAUUUCUGAAACUGAUGAAGAUAAUGACCUUGAAGAGAGUGAAGACAGUAAACAACAUAAAGAAACCUCGAAAAGAGUGACCUUUGCUUUGCCAGAUGAUGAGGAAAGUGAGGAUACAAAUAUCUUAAAUGUACAGAAAGAUUCUGAUGAAGUUAAAUCCUCUUUUGAAAAAAGACAGGAAAAGAUGAAUGAAAAAAUUGCAUUUUUAGAAAAAGAGUUGUUGGAAAAAAAACCUUGGCAGCUUCAAGGGGAAGUGACAGCUCAAAAGCGCCCAGAGAACAGCCUCCUAGAGGAGACUCUGCACUUUGACCACGCAGUCCGCAUGGCACCUGUGAUCACAGAGGAAACCACCCUUCAACUGGAAGAUAUCAUUAAGCAGAGGAUAAGAGAUCAGGCUUGGGAUGAUGUAGUACGUAAAGAAAGACCUAAAGAGGAUGCAUAUGAAUAUAAAAAACGUUUAGCGUUAGACCAUGAGAAGAGCAAAUUGAGCCUCGCUGAAAUUUAUGAGCAGGAGUACAUCAAACUCAACCAGCAAAAAACAGCAGAAGAAGAAAAUCCAGAGCACAAAGAAAUUCAGAAGAUGAUGGAUUCCCUCUUCUUAAAAUUGGAUGCCCUCUCAAACUUUCACUUCAUCCCUAAACCACCUGUUCCAGAGAUUAAAGUUGUGUCAAAUCUGCCGGCCAUUACCAUGGAGGAGGUAGCCCCAGUGAGCGUGAGUGACGCAGCUCUCCUGGCCCCAGAGGAAGUCAAGGAAAAAAAUAAAGCCGGAGAUGUAAAAACAGCUGCUGAAAAAACAGCUACAGACAAGAAACGAGAAAGGAGGAAAAAGAAAUAUCAGAAGCAUAUGAAACUAAAAGAGAAGGAAAAGCGGAGAAAACUGCUUGAAAAGAACCACCCAGACCAAGCGAAGAAAUACACGAAGGCAGUGGCUUCUGAGAAGUUAAAACAGCUGACCAAAACAGGCAGAGCUUCACUACUAAAGGAUGAAGGUAAAGACAAAGCCUUAAAGUCAUCUCAAGCAUUCUUUUCCAAAUUACAAGAUCAAGUAAAAAUGCAAAUCAGCGAUGCAAAGAAAACAGAAAAGAAAAAGAAGAAAAGACAGGAUAUUUCUGUUCAUAAAUUAAAGCUGUAAUAUAUUUUGAAUAUAAUGUAAAUACUAAUGUGUAAGCUUAUAUUCUGUCAUUGUUCUCUUUUAUAAUAAAUUUUUUGAGAAUUUUUCCUUGCAUAGAUGGCAGAUAUUUGAGAAUUCCUCAUUUUGAAAAGACAAACUCUAAACUGUCAUUGGAAAGCCCUGAACUGCUUCCUGUGUGAAGCUGGACCUAGCUCCCAAGGCCCUUUCCACACUGUGUCCUCGCUGGGGCAGGUGAAGGCCAGCCCAGGGCAUUGGCCGGUGGGCGGGAGUUGGCCUGCAGGCUGACCACGGCCCAGGAGCCAGCCGUCCCCGUCACAGGCAGCUGUUUACAGCAGGGGUCCUCACUCUUUGGAGUCCUGAUGUUCUUCUCCCACUGGCCUGUCAGCCUUUCACAAAACACUGCACAUGCCUUCCGUCCUUCCCCUUGGGAGGUGAUCUCCCACCCACCUGAAUGAAGGCUUCAUUCAGGCUCUAGGGUACCACCCACGGUCAGAUGCGUGGAGGGCAGGCAGGACCUAGACGUGAUAGAAGGUGAACACAGCAAGGAGGGUAGAGCAGUGGUGGUGAGCAGUGUGGUGAGCCUUCCAUGACUACCUCCGCCUCUAGAGAAAACUGUCUUUUGUCUGAUAGGAACUCAUAGUAUGCUUUGAUGGAAUUGCCCUAAGACAGCUCAGAACAGCUUCUCCUGAAGCAGCAGGGAAAGCCCUUCUGGUUUUCCAUCUACAGGGGUCGGUCAGCAGGCAGGAAGAGGUCGUGGGCAUGUGCUUUCUGCAUUUCUGCUUCCUAAUAAACAGAAGCUGGCCACGUCAGGGUAGAACCAGGCUGGCUGGGGCUAGCUGGAGCACCAGUCAGUACUGAAUUGUCAUUUGUUGGAAGUUUUAUUCAGGAGAGUUCUCUUCACUAUUUGCCUUUGUCUUCUGAACAGUUCGAGCAACCCCGGGUCUCCGUCUAGCCUUAGUGAAAGUGUCAUUUCCUUACAGUAAUGGGAGUGUUAAUAUGGCUCUAAGAGUUCCUGCUUUCUUGUUAAAUUCAGUUUGCCAGUCCCCAUUCAACUGCGAGCUUAGUUCUCUUGCCCUUGAGUCUUUCUUUCAUAAUCAGUCAUCAGGAUCAGAAUGUUUGAUCCUGAAGUGAUGAUUCACUUUACCUGUCCAAGGGCAGUUUGAUGUCUGCAUAGUUUGAAUCCCUCUUAUCUUCAUUUUUCCCACCAUCUUUAGGUGAGGCAUAUCUGUUCAUUCACUUUUUUAAUGUAAUAUUUUAUACAUUCUAAAGAUUAUAUUCUUUUAUAUACCUACUCUCUGCCAGGCAGUAUUGUCGGUACCAGGGAUAUAACUGAACAAAACAGUAAUUCUUGCGCUUAAGAAGUGUUCAUUCUGGUGGAAUAUUUAUCUACUACUUCUUUAUAAAUUAGAAGCAUCACGUAACGUUGGAGAAACCAUCCUUUAUCUAAAAACACACAACAGGGCCCCUGGUUGGCUUAGUUGGUGGAGCAUGGGACUCUUAAAUCUCAGGGUUUUAAAUUCGAGCCCUACAUUGGGUGUAGAGAUUACUUAAAAAAAAAAAUCUUCAAAAACACAAAGCAAUACUCAGUGGUGCUCUUCAUCUGCUUCGCUUGACUAUGUAAGGAGGUAAAGAGGAAAUCAUGGUUCUGAGCGGUGUGUUCAUCAUUUCUUUACAUUCAUAUAUAUUUGACCACAUGUAUCCCUAGUCAAUGCAUUGUUUACUAGUACUUGAAUUUUAGGAAAAUAGAACACUGUACACUCACCUAUUGCUUGCUUUUUCACUCUUGAUUUCCCUCAUUCAUCCAAAAUGCUAUUUGUUUUUGCUGCCAUAUAAUAUCGUAUGCAUCUAUCAUGAUUUUAUUUACCCUGUCUUGUGAAGAUACUUGUUUCGUUUCAUAUGGAAUAAUGCCAUUUCGAACAUCCCGUUCCCAAACACUGUCGCUCUUAUGCUUUAGCCUCUAAUGCCCUUUAGAAUAGAAUUGCUGGGUAGAAAGUGCAGAAGAUUAAGGCUGUCUUGUUCUUCAAAGUAGGUGUACAAACUUGCACUUAAUCGUAUCUUUGUCAGACUUGGCAUUGGCAGGAUUUAAAAAAUGUGCCUUUCUGCUGGACAUAAAAUGAUGUAUCUGUGUGGUAUUAAUUUAUAUUUCUCUGCUAAUGAGAUGGAGCAUUUUGUUGUGUGUUCUCUGUCUCAUUUUUAGCUAGUUUUUUAAUAUUUUAAAAUUCAUAUAAAAUAUAUGUAUACAUAUAUAAAAUAAAUAAAAAUAUAUAAUUUUUACAGAAAAAUUCCAGGAAAUUUAGCUCCAUUUGCUUUAUUAUCCUUGUUUUCUUCUGAACAAUUUGAGAAGUUAGAGACAUUGUGGCCUUUUCCCCUGAAUACUUCAGUAUGUAUUUCCUAAGAAUACGAAUAUUCACGAACAUAGAGCUGCAGUAUAAUGAUCAAAAUCAGGAAAUUUAGCAUCAAUAUGAUGCUAUUAAUCUGUAGUCCAUAUUCAAAUUUUGUCAAUAGUCCCAAUAAUGUCCUUUCUAGCUCUUUCCCCCUGGUCCAGGAUCAAGUAAUUCUAAGAUUCCUCAUUGUAUUUAGGUGUUAUGUCUGUUUAAUUUCCAAUUCCUGAGCCUUUCUCUGUCUUGACUAACAUUUUUGAGGCAUACAGGCCAGUUAUAUAGACCGUCUCACAAAAUUGGAUUUGUCUGUUUUCUCAGGAUUAGAUUGAGGUUAUACAUUUUUGGCAGGAAAGCCAAAGCAGAGGUGUGUCUUUAGUACCUCCAGUACAGAGGGUCAGGAUAAUCCGUUUGUUUCGGUGAAGCUGGUGCUGAAAACAUUUCGAGUUUGUUACAGUGAUGACCACCAGGUUUCCCCACUAUAAAGUUACUGCUUUUCCUUUUUACUUAAUAAUCAGGGAGAUACUUUGAUACUCUGAAUAUCCCAUUCCUCAACAAACUCACCAGUUUUGGCAUCCAUUGAUGAUUUUCUAACUUAAUUUCUUCUAUAUCUAUUACUUGGCAUUCUGUAAGGAAAGUUUUCCCUUCUCAUUUAUUUCAGUAUUGACUGAUUUUUUUUUUUUUAAAGAUUUUAUUUAUUUGACACAGAGAGACAUAGCAAGAGAGGGAACACAAGCAGGGGGAGUGGGAGAGGGAGAAGCAGGCUUCCCGCUAAGCAGGGAGCCCGAUGCGGGGCUCGAUCCCCGGACCCUGGGAUCAUGACCUGAGCCAAAGGCAGACGCUUAACGACUGAGCCACCCAGGCGCCCCCUUGACUGAUUUUUAUAUUAUUCAGUGUUUUUUAAUCCUUUUAUUACGAAUUUUGAUUUUCCAGUUGUUCCGGGCCAGUACAGUGGAAGGCCCUUCAAACUAAUUUCUGAGUUCUGAUAUGUUCCCAUUAUUCUCUGAGCACUUUCUUAUUUUCCGGGGCUAAUAAAUGUUCCAGGCUUAUCCUGUCUUUUCCCUGGAAUUGGCCAUUUUCCCACAGAACCCUGGUUCCUCUUGGAAAAUGAUAUUUUCAAACAGAUGUGCUCAUUGCUGCUGUUGCCCCAGCACCACUCACCAGGGCUAGAAAAUUGUGGUUGUGUGGUGUGUGUGUGUUACAUGUAUUCCAUAUAUGAGUUCAUACCAAAACCUCUGAUUCUAAUCUAAUACCCCUGCAGAUUAAAUUCUAGUAUUCACUCUUUCCUUAUUUAUAAUGCCUUUUCCAACAGUGAGAAAUCUUGCUCCCAUUGUUAGUAUAUUUAUUCAUUUACUCAAGCCUAGAAUAUACAAGAAGUUUUUAGAACUAGUAAACUUAUACCACUAGGAGAAGGAAAAAAUACGUGUUCUACACUUGUUGAAUAUAGUGUUCUAUAUUUCAGUUAGUCCUAAGCUUUGAUAUUUUUGUUCAGUUAUUAUGUAUCCUUAGUGAUUUUUUUUUGUUUAGUUCUGUCAAUUAGAGAAGCAUGUAAAAUCUCUAAUUAUGUUUUUUCUUUUUUUUAUUAAAAUCUCUAAUUAUGAUUGUGGAUUUUUCUCUUCCUAUUAUUGUGUCAGUUUCUGCUUAAUGCAUUUUGAAGACCUAUUAUUAGGUAUAUACCCAUUUAUGAUUUUUUAUGUCUUUCUCACAAAUUGACCCUUUUGACUAUAAAGUGAUGUCUUUUUCUCUGGUAGUACUCCCUGUCUUGAAGUCUAUUUUCAAUAUAAUACUAUGGCUCUUUUGAUAUUUGUUUCAAUAAUAUAUUAUUUCCCAUUCUCUGACUUCCCAAUUGCCUGUGUCUUUUACAUAUAUCACAUAGUUAGGAAUUGCUUGUUAAGUCUAAUCUGACACAUUCUAUCUUUUAUUUAUUUUUAAAGAUUUUAUUUAUUUAUUUGAGAGAGAGAGAGAGAAAGCACGAGCAGGGGGAGGGGGAGGGACAGAGGGACAAGCAGACUCCCCGCUGAACAGAGAGCCUGAGAUCACUACCUGAGCUGAAGUCCGAUGCCUAACCAACGACACCCAGGUUCCUCUGGUUCUAUCUUUUAAUUGGAGCUUUUAGUCCAUGCACAUUUAAUGUAAUUAUUGGUUUGGUUGUACUUGGUUUUACCAUUUUGCUAUUUAUUUUCUCUUUAUUCUAAUUAUUUUCUCAUCCUCUUUUUCUGUUUUUAAAAUAAAAAAAUCUGUCAAUAUUCUACUUGAAUAUCUCUUAAUGUAUUAGCUCUACAUUGCAUUGAUUUUCAGUUGUUUAGGAAUUACAAUAUGCAUCCUUAACUUAAAACAGUCUACUUAGAGUUAAUAUUUUACCACUUCAUAUAAGAUGUAAGACCUUUGUAGUGAUAUAUUUACAUUUACAAUCUCAUCCUUUUUGCUAUUGUUGUCAUCUAUAAUUCAUCUAGGUAUGUUAAAAUCCUGUGAUGCAUUGUUACUAUUUUUGCUGCUGGCCCUCCAGUUUCUGCCUACUUUUGGUCAUUCUCCAAUGUUUUCAAGUAGACUUUUUUUUUACACUUUAUAAUUGUUUAUAAUUUAAAAUUGUAAUGAAACAUUUGUUUCUGUAAUUUUUAUAUUGUUUAUAAUUUUUAUAUUGUUUAUACUUGUUAUAUGCAAGAUUUUUAGCCCAAUAAAAUAUAAGCUACAAAGCCA